UGUGUGUUAAUGAUCAGCAUUCAAAAAAUCGGUAGUCAAGGCGACCAAGACGUGCUCAAAAUUCAACUAUGAGUGAUGGACAUUGUUUUUCAUUUUUAUAAAUAAUCAGGCGUAAGGGCUUUUGUUUUAGAGAUGACUAAAUUUUCUGUUCAUUUUUGUUAAACUGUUUAGCUGGUUUUUCGUAGAAAACCCCGUUUUUCGUGUUUGUCUGAGUCUUUGGUGGUUUUCACACAUCCCUGAUCAAGAAACCAAAAAUGAACAGUACAGAAUCGACGACGUGCGGCUACAGAACGAACCGGGCCGCCCAGGUUCGCAUGGAGGAGAUCCGGAGGAAGCUUUCCGAGCAGCCGAAACAGUCCACCGCCAAACCGAAACAUUCACAUGUCCAACACUCUUCAGAACCACUAAACAGAUACUUACACAUGAAGAAACCCACUCGGGAAAAGAAGCUCGAAGAAACGUCUGUGCCCUCCAAGGAAAAUUCCAAAACGACCAAGUCGAGCCUGAAACAAAAGCUCCGCGCCAACACACUAGCGUACAUUAAGAACAGGAGGAAUAAUGCCUCGACACGAGAUCAUGAAAUCAGGAAAAAAACGGCCUAGAUUCAACUGAUGAUUUCAAAUGGAUGGUGAGGGCGCAGGAGGUGCUUAAAAACCGCGGAAGUCCCACCGGUUCUGAAAAGCGGGCUUACGAUCAAGCUGAAGAACUUGCGAGAUUGCAAAGGGCUGUACAAUCUAAGAAAAUUUUGAAAGAAAAGCUGGAUAGGAUUUCGAGCGAGAUAGCCGCCCUGACAGGCGUCUUGAAAGAUCGAGGCGAUUCAUCGAGCGAAGCCUCCAUCGAGGAAGAUAAAUAACAUUAAAAAACUUCUUAUUCAACAA